AUGUUACAAACUUCUAGCUAUCAAGCUGGCGAAAGCUCAUCAUUUGACGCUGUCAAAGAAAAUGAUUUCAAAGGAUACGGAUAUGACUAUCAGGGCAUUACUAAGUCACAUCCUGAAGAGCAGUACGGUUGUGGCCAAUUGUUGGACCAGUCCAAGGAAGGGUCAAUAUUUGCCUGUAGUGAAUCAAUCGGAAAGAUAGACGAGCCUAUUGUUAAAAUUGAAGAAGAUGAAAAUGCUUUUACACUUCUCGACUUCUGUAAUGAUGAAGGAGAAGCUAAUAUCACCCCGUCUGUGCAUCCAUUUAAUGAAAUUUUUAAAUUUCUAGACAAUGGUUCUAAGCCCGCUGAUGACUGGACUUGUGAAAAUAAUGAGAAUUUCUCUGGGUCCUGCCAUUCACCUGUGUUUUUAAAGAAAGAGCACGAUAUUAAUGAAGACUAUGAACCGAAGCGGUCUGCAUUGGAGGAAAUUGUUGGUUCCGGUGGCUCCUCCUCGCUACAGAACCGAAGAACACUCUCUCAGGCCCUAACUGAUUCCACAACUCAUGGGACAGCUUCAUCUAGCACUUUGCACCAUACUUCGAACCUCACUGCAACCACUCGAUAUAAACAGGAGAUUGGUGGUAGAUCUAAAAAUCAGCGUAAGAAUAACGGGAGAAACAAGAGGCAAGAUUACGAGGUAGAUGACGAUGAUGCUGAUUACGAAGAGGAAGAUGACGCAGACGAGUAUGGAGAAGAGGAAGAUGACGAUGAUGACGAAUACAAUGAAGAAGAAGAACAUAGACAGAGUUCCAGAAGAAGCUAUUCUAAUAGCAAGAUGAAAAACAAGCAAAUUUCCACAUUCUCUUAUGCAAGACCUUCUCGUCUUGGUUACACCAAGCCAAGUCCUGCGUUGAAGGCCCAAGUUGGUUACAUUAAACCUUGUCGCGUUGAAAAGCCUUCCCUUCUAAGUGAUGUUAGUACAAAGGCUCCGAAACCCUACCUUGAGCAGACAAUGGUAGAAAAUUGUCCUUCACCGACAUCACCCCUAGAAUUUGUUCCUUUGGAUAUCAAACAAAAGGGCAAGUCUCGGAAAGAUGGCAAGAUUGGUAUUGUUGUUGGCAAACGCACCUAUCGCCUGUCCGGGGAUCAAUUGCUCCUACUGACUAAGUUGAUGCAAAUUGAUUUCGAACCGGUAAAUGUGAUGCUCCCUAAGUCAAAACGAUUCAUAAAGGAGCCGUUGAAUGUUGCACCAGAGUAUUUGGUUCGCACUCGUCAGUCGGAUAUGAUGGUUGAACAGUACGGGAUACCAUUUGAGUCUAUCAAGUCUCGAGAACUGUUUUUCUGCCUUCCUCCAAAGGAAACCUAUACCAUCAAUGGUGAGAGUUAUCUUGGUGCUGAACCAACUGAGACUCUUUAUGAUCCAGUAUUUAUCCGACGUCUUCCCAGUGAUGAAGACAAUCAUGGUUGGUGUGAAGUAUGUGGCAAAUGGCUCCAACUAAGAAAUCACACCUAUGCACAUCAUUUUAAAUCAGUCCAUGGAAUCUCACAACGAACUAAAUCGACUGUAACUCUACCAAAAGUGAUUCGUGGCCAAGCUGGAAAUGAUAAAAAGAUGCAGGGGUACUGCGAGCCCUGUCAAUGCUGGAUCGAUCUUCACCAUCGACGAAACGGUCAAAGAUGGCAAACAUGGUAUAUUCACCAGUUCCAAGUUCAUCACAAAGAUCAGAAGCCUAAUGAAACACAACGACCAAUUCCUGGCGUCAACAGCCCUGUUUCCCGCCUUUUUUCGGGAUAUUUGGGAUAA